UGUUUUGCCCAUCCCAAAGACGUUGAACACAACUGGUGUGUUGUGUUGUUUUAGAAUGAGCCUUCACAGAUGGCUGUAUCGCAGAGAAUAUGGCCUAAGGUCAAUGCGUGGAGAUUUUGACAAUGUUAUGAAUUUGGUGUAUGGAUCGCUGACAGAUUUUGAACAUUGGAACGAUAAACCAAAUCAAACGUCGGACUAUGGAGCGGUUUUCAAUUUGGAAUUUUCACCCAAAGGUAAUGUGUUGGUAGCUGCCUGCGAAAAGAAGUCGAUACUGUUUUUUGAUACGACAACACAGAGGCAAACAUAUCACAUCAAGGAUGCCCAUAGUGACAAUGUUAAUUGUAUUAAAUUCCUGGAUGAACGUAUGUUUGCAACCUGUUCAGAUGACACAACUGUUGCACUCUGGGAUUUGAGAUAUCUGAAAAAGAAAGUACGCAGUCUGCAUGGACAUUCAAAUUGGGUGAAAAAUAUUGAAUAUUCACAUAAGGAUAAUCUAUUGGUAACAUCGGGUUUCGAUGGUAGCAUAUUUACCUGGGACAUUAAUUCACACACCGAACAAGGUCUAAUAUAUCAAAAAGUUUUCCACACAAGCGGUCUAAUGCGCUGUCGCAUAUCACCAGAUUGCAGUAAAUUAGUAAUAUGUUCAACUGGUGGUUAUCUAAUGAUAAUACAUCAUUUGGAUUUGACCUCAUUGCAUAAGGACUUAAAUGGAUUUAGGCCAAGCAUUUAUCGUUUAAUGCAAAUGGGCCAUCAAUAUAUACCUCAAGCGGCCAAAUUCGAUCAUGUCUUUUCGAAGAAACAAAAGAAAAAUCGUGUCGAAUUGGUAACAGAUUUUCCUGAAGAAAAUGAUGCUGAAGUAGUAUUAGCUUUGCAGAUCCAUCCUUUAGGACAUUCAAUAUUAAGCCGCAAUAUUAGCUACGAUGAAAAGACUGAAUGGUCAUGUAUACACGACAUAAAUGAGGAGCCAACAGAUAUUACGGAACAAGUCCAGGAAGAACAUCAAAGUUCAAAACGGAAACGUAAAUUAGUAUGUGAGAGUGAUGAUGAAUCACAACACAGUGCUGGUGGUGGCAUGGGUGCCGGUGAUGAAAGUGGCGAUUCACCAGAUGAUCUGCUAAUUAGUAUAAAUCGGCGACAACGUGCUCUAAGAUCUCGUCUGCCAGGACGUGGUGGUAAUUCCUCGAAUACCAAUUCAACAUCAAGUAGACAACCACAAUCAACGGCUACAGCUGCAGCAUCAUCGACCGCUGCAAAUCAAACAUUUGUUCCAGACAUUUGGGCUGCCGAGGUCACAGUUCAAGAACGUGCAAUACGUCAAAAUCGUGCCCGUAAUUCGAAUGCCGUUACCGGCUACAAUUAUGUGUAUGCCAUAAGCAGUGGCGUAUUACCGGCAAUAGCUGCCUCAACAACAGCUUCAAAUCGCAAUGAUAGUACAAACAAUCGAACCAACGAUUCCACAUCACGAAGAUCGGGUCGUUCAUAUCGCUCCGAUACGACGGCCAAUUCAACCGAUGGCGGCAGUAGUACAUCCAGCAGUGAUUCACCGCCAUAUUUACCACUUGGUCGUAUACGUGUACGGCCCCUUAUCAUACCACUAAAACGUAAUACCUACACGAAUCGGGAAAGGAAAAUCUUUGAAAAUCCUAAAAAAUUAAUGUACUACAUUCAGGAGCCGAACAAGGGCAAGGGAUUCAUUAAGGAGCCAAGUUUUUCAGCUGAUGGCCGCAUUGUUUGCUCGCCCUAUGACAAUGGUGUACGACUGUUGGGUUAUACCGAAACCAGUUCAGAGUAUCCACAACAUUAUCAAGAAAUCGAGACAAUCAAACAGAAACCGCGACCCUUGUGUGUGUUGAAGGAGCUGCGAUGUCACGACGACAAGGUGCUUAGCACAAAAUUUAGUCCCACGGAACCAUUGUUGGCAACAGGUUGUAAAAGUGGCAAAGUUGUUUGGUAUCAUCCGGUUUUGUAAAUCAAA